GCCGUCACAGCGAUGCAGGGCACCCCCGCGCCUGCCCCGGCACCUGGGCCUGGCUCUCCCCGGGACUCCCCGCGCAGCUCCCCCGGGCUCUUCAGGAAGCUCCUGGUGAACCAGAGCAUCCGCCUGCAGCGGCGCUUCACCGUGGCCCAUCCUCUGUGCUUUGACCUGGAAAAUGCACACUCAUGUAAGAGAAGUGCCCUGGACCCUCAGGUCAUCCAGGCCCCUGCCCAACACAGCCAGCGGCGGGAGUCCUUCCUGUACCGCUCCGACAGCGACUACGAACUCCUGCCUAAGGGUUUGUCCCAGAACUCCUCUGUGGCCAGCGACCUACAUGGAGAAGACAUGAUUGUGACACCUUUUGCCCAGGUCCUGGCCAGUCUGCGGACUGUUCGGAGCAACGUUGCGGCGCUAGCCUACCUGCAAGGCCCAAGGGCACCCAAGUACAUAGGGGGGCUCCUGACAGCUCAGCCCCCAGAGGACACUGGGCAGAAGCUGGCUUUGGCGACACUGGAUGAGCUGGACUGGUGUCUGGAUCAGCUGGAGACACUGCAGACCCGGCAUUCAGUGGGGGAGAUGGCUUCCAACAAGUUCAAGCGGAUGCUGAACCGGGAGUUGACUCACUUGUCUGAAACCAGCCGCUCUGGGAACCAGGUGUCAGAGUACAUUUCACGAACCUUCCUGGACCAGCAGACCGAGGUGGAGUUACCUGGGGGAACCCCAACAGAACCCUCAAGGCCAGUGUCCCAGAUCAGCGGCCUGCAUGGGCUCCCCCACAGUGCCAGCCUCUCCACAGCCACCAUCCCACGCUUUGGGGUCCAGACUGACCAGGAGGGGCAACUGGCCAAGGAACUGGAAGACACCAAUAAGUGGGGGCUUGAUGUGUUCAAGGUGGCAGAGCUAAGUGGGAACCGGCCCCUCACAGCCAUCAUAUUCAGCAUCUUUCAGAAACGGGACCUGCUCAAGACAUUUCAGAUCCCAGCAGACACACUUGUCACCUACCUGCUGACACUGGAGGGUCACUACCAUGCCGAUGUGGCCUACCAUAACAGCCUGCAUGCCGCUGAUGUGGCCCAGUCCACGCAUGUGCUGCUGGCCAUGCCUGCACUUGAGGCCGUGUUCACAGACUUGGAAGUCCUGGCUGCCAUCUUUGCAAGUGCCAUCCAUGAUGUGGACCAUCCUGGGGUCUCCAACCAGUUUCUCAUUAACACCAACUCGGAGCUUGCGCUUAUGUACAAUGACACCUCUGUGCUGGAGAACCACCACCUGGCUGUGGGCUUCAAGCUGCUGCAGGCAGAGAACUGCAAUAUCUUCCAGAACCUCAGCACCAGGCAGUGGCUGAGUCUGCGCAGGAUGGUCAUUGACAUAGUGUUGGCUACUGACAUGUCCAAACACAUGAACCUCCUGGCUGACCUCAAGACCAUGGUGGAGACCAAGAAAGUGACAAGCCUGGGAGUCCUGCUGCUGGACAACUACUCUGAUCGCAUCCAGGUCUUGCAGAACCUGGUGCACUGUGCUGACCUCAGCAACCCCACUAAGCCGCUGCCCCUGUACCGCCAGUGGACAGACCGCAUCAUGGCUGAGUUCUUCCAGCAGGGAGACCGUGAGCGAGAUUCGGGCCUGGACAUCAGCCCCAUGUGCGACAAGCACACAGCCUCAGUGGAGAAGUCCCAGGUGGGUUUCAUUGACUACAUCGCCCACCCACUGUGGGAGACAUGGGCUGACCUGGUACACCCAGAUGCACAGGAUCUGCUGGACACACUGGAGGACAACCGCGAGUGGUACCUGAGCAAGAUCCCCCGCAGCCCCAUGGAUCCCACCAGCCCUGAGCAGGGUGGCCUUGACAGAUUCCAGUUUGAGCUGACUCUGGAGGAGGCAGAAGAAGAGGAGGAGGAGGAGGAGAGAAUGUUGGCCCAGGAGGCCUCGGAGUCACCUGACACUGAGCUCCUGUUCUUCGAGGCCAGCUCAGACCCUGGGACCUUAUGCGUAGACAGCCAGAGGACCGUGGGCAAGCCCUGCAUGGACCAUGAGGGCAAUGUGCUGGCUGAGCCAUUUGGCACCUAAUAGCCCCUAAUGAGUGGGUGGACUUUCCAGAAGGAGAUCCCAGACGACUCAUGCCUUGCCUUCUCCACACGCUGAGGGAGACGAUCAGGCUUUUAGUUACAGGCAAGUUUCAGGGUCGAAUUGGGGAUACCUGGCUGGAGUCCACUCUGACUCCUGGCUCUGCUAAGAGAGCUCUCC